GUACACAGUUAACGGACGUAUUACCGGAAUAUCUCAUCUACAUGUUAGUGGAACGGGAGGUGAACCAAAAUAUGGUGUGAUAAGUCAAUUUCCGGUGGUGGAUCAGCCAGAUAAAAAAAUUAGAAUAUAUGACUACUCCUCAACAAGAUCAUUUGAACAUUUCGAAGUUGGUUACUCAAAAUUUGGAUUAAAACGUUAUAAUAUCAUGGUUGAAUUAACCGCAAGUCGUAGAGUUGGUCUUCAUCGUUAUACUUUCCCACCAUCUGAAAAUAAUGCAAAAGUUAUUCUUGAUUUGUCUCAUAUUCUUUCUUUCGGUUGGGGAUACGUUUCCAGUUUUGAUGACGGUGCGAUAACAUCUCUCUCCCUCAAUCAAAUAAAAGGAGUAGGUCGAUACAGAGGUGGUUGGAAUAGUAAUGGUCCUUAUAAAGUUUACUUCUGUUCUCAAUUUAAUGUCAAUGCUACCGAGCAAGCAACUUGGUGGAACAACAGAAUAGAUAUAAAUACGACAUCUUGUGUUGGAACUUCUGGUGAUAAAAUUGGUGCAAUUCUAACUUUUGAUACUAUCAAAAAUCCUGUAAUUAUUUCAAGAGUUGGAAUUUCAUUUAUUUCUGCAGACCAGGCUUGUAAUAAUGCUGAAAGUGAGGUACCUGAUUGGGAUUUUGAUAUUGUAAAACAAAAAGCUGCUGAUGCUUGGGAUAAUGAAUUGGGUAAAAUUAGGGUUGAGAGUAAUGAUGAAAAUCUUAAAAAAAUUUUUUAUAGUGGUUUAUAUCGGACUAUGUUAAUUCCAAGUGAUAGAACCGGAGAAAAUCCAGCGUGGAAAUCAUUUGAUAAGAAUGGUCAACUUGUACCAUAUUAUGAAGAUUUUUAUACUUUGUGGGAUACGUUCAGGACAACAAACCCACUAUUUACACUUUUCCAAUCACAACGUGCUGUAGAUAUUGCUAGAUCAUUAAUUGACAUUUAUGAGAAUGUAGGUUAUAUGCCUGAUGGAAGAAGUGGUUCAUCAAAUGGAAUUACACAAGGUGGAUCUAAUGCUGAUAUGGUUAUUGCCGAAACAUACUUAAAACAAAUUGAUGUAAAUGAUAAAAUAGACUGGAACAUAGCAUACGAAGCCCUGCUUAAAGAUGCAGAAGUAGAUCCAUGGGAAGAAGGUUUGUUCCAAGGUCGAUUACACUUAACCGAUUAUAAAAAAUAUGGAUAUAUUCCUUCACCUUAUGAUCGCAUUCUCGGAUACAUUAACACUCCAUGUAGUAGAACUUUAGAGUAUAGUGCUAAUGAUUAUAGUAUUAGUCUUGUUGCUAAAGGAUUAGGUAAAAUCGAUGAUUAUAUAAAAUAUAAAAAUCGAGCGACUAGUUGGGAAAAUCUUUGGCAUCCAAAUGUAACUUAUGAUGGAGUGGAAGGAUUCAUAAUACCAAGAUUUAUAAAUGGCACAUUCGAUACAAAAUGGGCAUCUGGUGAUAAUUUGGUUGAAGAUUUUUAUUCAUUUUACGAAAGCACCUCAUGGGAUUAUAGUUUGGAUGUACCUUUCGAUGUGAAAAGGCUAAUACAAUUGUCAGGAGGUCCAGAACGGUUUGAAGAUCGACUUGAUAAAACAUUUGCAGAUAAAUCAUUUUUAGGAGGUUAUUAUAAUAUAGGAAAUGAACCUAGUUUUUUUCAUACGUGUUUAUAUCAUUUUAUUGGAAAACAAUAUAAAAGUGUGGACGUGAUUAGAACUAUUAUGAAAACUAAAUUUGGAGUUGAGCAGGAUGGAAUUCCAGGAAAUGAUGAUUCUGGUGCGAUGGGAAGUUGGUAUGCUUUUAACGCUAUUGGAAUAUUUCCAUUAGGCGGAACCGAUAUCUACCUAAUAAACUCACCAUGUUUUGAUAAAGUUACCAUAUACCUUUCAAUAUCACCAUUAAAAACAUUCACAAUUAUAGCUCAGAAUCUGACGGACAACAAUAUAUAUAUUCAAAAUGUUAAAAUCAAUAAUAAAGAAUGGAAAAAAACCUGGUUUAGGCAUAAAGAUAUUUCUGGAGGCGCAAUAAUGGAAAUGCAAAUGGGAUCUGAACCAAGUAAAAUUUGGGGUGUUAUCAGUGAGGAUGAAGAUAAUAAAGAGAUAGAAGAUAGGGUGGUUCCUCCUAGCAUAAGCGAUUAUAAGGAUAAAUAA